AUGCCAAGAUUAAAUCAAUUUACAUUUUAUAUUCGCUCAGUCAUGUUUCUUUGUAAUCAAAUGAAUUUUUCAUCAACAGAAGAUAUUCAACGCACAUUCAUUGACUUUCCAAAUGAAAUUAUUUCUUAUGUUGAUUAUUUGCCAGAGACACGAGAAGGUCGAUGUCAUAUUUACUCAUAUCGAUCUAUUACGCCAUAUUACGGCGAUAUUACAAAUAAUUUCCCAGGUGGAUUCUUUAAAUAUGUUCGUGUAGUGUCAUUAUGUGAUGAACAUCCUUUUGAACAUGAAUUUUUUCUUCGAGUUGCUCAAUCAUUUCCAUUUGUGGAAAAAUUAUCUUUGAUUAAUGAUAAAUCACAAGAUCGCAAACAAUCUUAUGAAUCAAACAAUGAUAAUCAAAAUUUAUCUAUUAUUGAAUAUUCGUUUCUUCGUGAACUUAAUCUUCUCAGUGUUCAUGAUGAUUAUAUAGAAGACGUUCUAUUUAAUAGUAAAACGUAUUUGCCAAAUAAUGUUACUCUUUAUAUUAAAUAUAAGUCUUUAGAGCGAGUAACACACAAUUUCACACGUGAUGCUACACGAAUUAAUUGUGCCAAAAUAAAUGAAUUACAAUUAAGUGUUAAAACCAAAUGUUCCAAUUCUUCUUUACAAGAAUAUUUUCCUUAUGCAAAAAUAUGUUAUCCAGACAUAUUCUAA